AGUCGUGUCUAGAAAAGGAGGAUUAGAUUCAGUACAGGUACAUAAAACGAUACCCCGUAUAUUCAUCUCUUUGAAUUGUCUGGCAGGCGUGACACUUGCUUGUCUAUCACACUCACGCAAUGUCGUCAGAAAACCUGGACUCGGACACUCAGGUGGACUACGAAGACGAAAAACAGGACUCACAGGAGAAGAAUGCAAACCCGGUGAAAGCAGAGGAGGCCAAACUGAAGGCCAAGUACCCCGGCCUGGGCCAGAAGCCCGGCGGUUCAGACUUCCUGAUGAAGAGACUACAGAAAGGGCAAAAGUACUUCGACUCGGGCGACUACAACAUGGCCAAGGCCAAGAUGAAGAACAAGCAGCUUCCUGUGGCGGGGCCCGACAAGAACCUGGUGACUGGCGACCACAUUCCCACGCCGCAGGACCUGCCCCAGCGGAAGUCGUCCUUGGUGACAAGCAAGCUAGCCGGCUAGCCUCCACCAUCGCAGAAGCACCUUCACCCCCCCUGGGGCUCCCGGCAAAUGUCCCUCCUCCUCCUCACCCAUGUCCCCAAUAUGUCCACUCCUUCCCCUCUCCUUUUUCAUCCCCAGGCACCACUGGCUUUAACAUGUCGGGCAGAGUUGUAUAAGUUAAAACUCCAUUUGCUUGUAUGUGGGUGGGGCGAGGUGGGGGGGAUGGAAGUUUAGGCAGCCCACGAGGCCGCAGCCUUCUCUGCCUUCCCACCACGCACAGCUCUGCCCCCUCUGCGCACUCUGCUCUACCGCCUCCUUUAUGUCUUGGUUUUCGGUGUUCCAAGAUGCAUCACAGUAGGUGUGUGUCAUCAGGCAGGGGUUGGAUGGGGUGAGUUAAUGCACUUUGUAGUCUGUAUAGUAUGCUUUGUUCUUUUUUGCAUCCUAAAUGACACCAAAAUAAUGUGUGUAAGGGAGUUAGGAACCAUGAUCGCAGCGCGUUGUUUGAUUUUUAUGUUCCCUAUCUGUACUGGUGGCUGGCUUCGGCAGGAGGGGUUCGAAGAUGUAUGUAAAUAAUUGCUUGCAUACCAAAUCUGUGAGGGGCAGCUGUCUAGCUUAAGAGUUCUUCAGCACUCACUGACACCAUAUUGGGAAAUGGGGGAAGUGAAUGGAGGCUUCCUUUCAUCUCAUCCUUUGGUCACUUUUUGUCGAACAAAACCUGAAGUCAUCUGCUGCAGCUCAGCCAAACAGGGAUUUGAAGCGCCUUUUUUUCCCUUCUCUCUGCUCAUUGCUUUAAUUCUUGACCCCCCCCCCCCCCCCCCCCCCCCCCCCCCUUCCCUUUGCUCCUGUUCUCUCUAAAUAUGCUGCAUGAUUGUACCAUGUAACGAAAGAGAAAUUGAACACGUUUUUUUAACGGGAGUGGGGCAUCUGCUUAGUGAUAGAAAGUAUCAAAACAAACACACGAAGCCCUGAAACGUCCACAGUCGCACUUCCUUCCCUCCUUUCCUGUUUGCUGUCCUGACAAUCCAUGUACACGCGCUCCAGUUCGGGGCCCAGGGCAAGAGCCAGCUGAGUAUAUCCUUUUAUUAUUUCUAAUGGCUGGGAACCCUGCCAGUCUCUGACUUCAGUCUUAGUUUGGUUGUUGUUGAGUUGCAUCAAGAUGUGCGUUAACUAUGAGCCUAGAAGAUUUGUGGGGGAUUGAAGCACCCUGCAUAGAGUAUAUGCUUCUGUAAAUAAUACUCAAACAAGCAUGUAAUUCAUGAUAAGCUUGGCGCUUUGAGGACCAGACCAGCUAGCAUGCCUGAGAGAAAUGGUAGUGCUAAAUCGACUCACUUGGGAUUACAUCCUGGGAUUUCUGGCUUGGAAAUUCUGUGCUUUACCAACUGAGCCAAAUUUCACACUGCAGCUAUCAGGCUCAGAGACGGUGGGGAUGCUUGUCUUUCCAAUGCGACUGUUACUAUCGCAUCAUCUGGCUCACGCUGUGAUGUGAUAAGGACGACAGCAGCCCAGGCUGGUCGUGCCCGCAUUGUGUUCGGAUCUCGUGGAGGUAUGAAAAGUGAUGCGACGACCGUCCAGGCGUCUUUCUUUCAUGCCGUCUUUGAAACACAGAUCCAGACAGCUAAAAGUUAGCAUUUCAGUGUCGUGCAUGAACACAUGUUUGUGCUAUAUUACAUCACAAAAGUCCCACUGAAAAGACAAAAGUAGCGACAGUCAUAGCCUUCAGAGUUGUGUCCCACAAUGGCGCAUGCAAUGAAAAUUGCUCAAACAUUUGGGACCGACCAGAAUUAUUCAAGCGGCUUCUUCAAGCUUAAAAGGGACAUGGAUUUCUCAAUGUUUUAACGCUUUCAGAAUCUAUAUCGCAGUCAGCCGUAGUGGUUCCCUCGACAUCUUGCCCUGUUUGGCAUUUCACAUUGUGAAACACUAACUUAUGUAAAAGGAAUACGACAGCUUUCCUCACUCAAAACCUUAGCUGGAGUAUAGCUCUACUUCGACUACCAGCGCCCUGUAGAACGACGCUUUUUCUUCCCAAACUGACACACUACACAGACUGAUCUUUGAUCUCAGGGGUGUCAGAGGGUAAACAGCAGGCAACCUGAUAACCACAGGUGUCAGCCCAGCUUAAAGUGGGACACUGCGUGCCUGCAGGAUACGCUCACUCCAACACUUGGCAAAGCAGAGAGAGAUUUUAUAACGCAUGGCGAGGGGGGGCGAAGCGCGAGCCUGUGCUCUUCGCUCCGGUCCCACCUGUUAAUGUGGUUCGACCUCUGAAAGAGGUGAAAGGUGCGAUCGCCAAAUCUGCAGACUUUGAAUGCGUGGCGUUGACACGUUCAAGAAUCUGAACUGGAUGCCGGCGCUCACUGAGGAUCAGCCUCCUUGUAUAAUACUGCUUCAGGGAACCUUCACAGACGCACACUCCACCAUGUAGGCUAGGUGAUAGGGUGCAUGUACCAUCACAUUCUCAACCUCACUUGUUUUUCAUUGAGACUUUGAAAUGUGUCAAAUUUGCAGUGGGCGAAAGAGGACUGACCUGUACGUAUGUGCUUGUUAUGGUGUUGUAUGAAUGCACUGCUUUUCUCUGUUCCAGCCAUUGUAAAUAGACUUCAACAGGAAGGGAUUUUUGUGUUGUUUCCCACCUGCUUUUCACUCUUUCAUAGCCUGAGCUAUUUUCUGAUUCAAUGGUUCCUCUCUCCUUUCAGUUUAACACUACUUCUGCUCUAUCUUAGUGAAUUGCAGAGGCUAUGUGAAUCUGUAUCAUAUGAAAAUAUGUGUAAAUGCUGCUGAUUCAGUCAAAGACAAAUCUAAGAGAUGAUACCCUGUAAAGAACACCUGUCCUCUUGAUUCUACCACUCUCUUCUCCACAAGUAUCUCUCUUUCAGAGUCCUAAAGCUCCGGUCGCAAAGUCCAUUCAGUUGAGACUGUGGUAAACCUCGAUGUCAAUUCUACCACUAAAUUUUAAUGGUGCAUUGUUGAAUUUGAUCCAACUUUUGGUUGACCAGAGCUUAAAACAAAAGUCUGGAACGCUUCAUGUCACUUUGAUUGGCAUGAUCUAACCAUUUCGGAUCAUACUGUGUUCAAAAGCCUGCAGUUUCCAGCUGUGAGAGACAAAGAUUGCUAAAAGAAAUGGGUGAAUAAGCUACGACAUGUUCUUGUGAAACAACAGUGGACAGGAGUUCUUGAAUGCUACUUGAUCUCUGGCUUUGCAGGGAGCAGUUCACAGAGAGGAAAUAGCAGGGUAUGUUUCAAACCCAACACACAGGGUGUCUCUCGUUCAGCUAUGAUAAACACGUGCCAGAAUGUAUAAAGUAAUGACAGGCUGUGUGCUCUGAAGUACUUUUGUGCUGCUUUUACCUUAUCUGUUUUCUUGUUUUGCAAGUAAAUGUUUCUUCUUUUUUUUUUUUUCUUGUGUUUUCUUAUUGCAUUCUUAGUAUAUUUCAUCCUGGCCCAAGGUAACUGCAGGGAAAUCAGAGGCACCCUUGCUUCCAAGAAAAAAAAAAAGGGUUUACAUGAUAAAGAGGAUGACUGGAGAACACAGGAAUGAUUUUAAGACUUCAGAAAGUACAGGAGUACUUGGAAUGUUUCAGUUGUGUGGGAGUAGAUGAGAGGAUUUUUGUCAGUAUUUGAAAUAAACUUUUACAUUAAUAAGA